AUGGACGCUGCCGAGAUCGAGGUGGCGUUCAACAACUCGGAUAUUGUUUUUUCCCUAUUUUCCCCGUUUUCUCCAGCCAGAACCACUUUCAAAGCCAGAACCAGCGGAGUGCUUCUCGUCGCCGGAGUCGGAUCAUUCUUCGCGUAUCGAGUUGCCUCGAAUCUCCUCGGAAACCGUUUCGUUUGGGAAUGUCUGGAUGCACGACACAUCGAUCAGUUGCCCACUGCCGAUCGACGACUUCUCUAUUCAUUUAACGAAGCGGACGAAGAUGAAGAAGAUGCGGAAGAUCAAGAGAACGAGGUGGACCCGGUAACCGGCGAGAGACGCAGACGACGAAGAGACAGUGAAGGAUCGAGGAUAUCUGCUGGACAGGUCAGUGCGAAGAGGGAGCAUGAAACCGAGAUUGUCAAUAAAAAACAUCAUAAAAAUCAAGAAAGAAAGAAAAAGAAGCCUUUCUCGAUCGGACGGUUGAAUCGAAUACGAAGGUCCACGAGGACGCCACGGGGAUUGCUGGGAAGUCUGCAAGAGACGCCGAGUAAAAGAGGAGCUGGAAUUGUGAGCAGACAAUCGUCAAGGCAUUCUGUGGCCUCUGCUCACUCCGUCGCCUCGAUCCCGUUCUCCUCCAACUCAUCCGUCAAAUCCGCUUCUUUUCGAAUAGUUUGGGAAGGUUCUCAACCCACAUGGGAUGAUUUUGACAUUCCAAGUACUUCCGCUGGCAUUCCAGCCAUCACUGGCCAACCGAGUGUACUCAGUCGUCUAGGCCACGUGGCAUCCACAUCUAGCAUGCGAGAUGGACAGUCUGUCGGCGAUUUGUGUAGCGUAUUUAAUGAUGUGAUGAGCGUUACGUCGUUGGCAGAAGGAAGCGACGAUCCGUUGUUGAUGGAUGAGGACUAUAGAGACGAGGAGGACGAUGAAUCCGGAGGGUUAUUAUGGAGAAAAUGUACAGCUAACAACACAAAAUAUAUGUAUCAAAGUAUUGCAAUGGAGACGAGUGAGGCUGGAUCAGACGACGGUGGAUCGCCGAAAAAGAGACAGUUUUUGGAUUUAGGAAUCGACGACGACGAUGAGAAAACUGAGCAAUUGACACUUCUUUCACCUCCAGACUCAGAAACAGCCAUGUCUAACUCGAAGAGUCGAUCGAUGUACGAUUCGGCGAUUGGUGCCGAGAUUUCGAGCAGCGAGGAAGGUUCGACGUGUCCGAAAAGACUGUAUGUACUCCGAGAAACCGACAACAUGUCGAUUGCGGCUUCAUCUUGCGCUUCACUGGAAUGGUGUGAUGAUAUCGAUCGAAACGCUGCGAGUCGUAUAGGUUUCGAUGAAGAAAAAUCAUCUCCACUCCGAUUAAAAAGAGCCAAUCUAGACUGGGACCUGAAAUCUGAAGUCGUGCCACGAGCACUUUCAGUAACGUCUUCAUCAGUGGUUACCCGGGAAAUCGAGCCAAAGUUUGCUCCGAAGUCAUCAAGAGAUUUGAUGGUGAUGGCUUGUGAGAUGUUUCAGCCGUACUCUCCGCCAUUUCGGGACCUCCAAACCAUCUACCAUAGGCGUCGUCUGAAGAGAAUCGCGAUUCCAAGUCUUCCGGAAUCUCCAGGUUCAUGUGUUUCACUCUUCAUGAGAUCCGCCCUUUAUCACAAAUGCUCACUUCUUCGAGACGCCACGUGGACAUCCAUUGAGAAGGUGUCCUCCGAAUCCACAUCAUCCGGCCUAGAACCGGAUCAUCACCGAGCCUACCAAGUGUUGAUUGUGUUGGAAGCCAAGAGAGCAUACGACGAGCGGCUGGCAGGACUCUUCUGCGAGGACUGGUUCGAUGUGGACAGCCCUGCAGACGUAUUCAGAAUUCUAACGACACGUGGCGAUGACGAAUUGCCAUCAAAGGUAAAAUCAUCUUUAUUGAAAGGACGAGAUGGUGUCUCUAUCGAGAUCAUCGACGCACGUGUUCUCUCCGAACGCCCCAAAAUUCAUCGAUUCUCCUCGACAGCAUCACCAAAGACGCCGUCUCUGACGUGGCUUCGUCUUGGAAAACGCCCUGUGCCAUUGUUCUACAUCCCAGAUGAUGAAUAA